CCUGUGAGGUUGGUGGGAGGAGCCAGUCGCUGUGAAGGAACACUGGAGGUGAAUCAAGGAGAAUGGAUACCAGUAGAUUACGAUGGAAUGAACCUGAAGGGAGCAGCAGACUCCAUCAGGCUGGUGAAUGGGUCUGGUCUGUGCUCAGGCAGACUGGAGGUGAGGUCUAACCAGUCUAACCAGUGGUCCUCAGUGUGUGAAGAGGACUUUGACCAGCAGGGUGCAGAGGUGGUCUGUAGGGAGCUUGGCUGUGGGGCUCCUUCAGUCCUCCAGGGGGCGCUCUAUGGAGAAGUGGAGGCUCCAAUGUGGACCAAAGGGUUCCAGUGUGGAGGCCAUGAGUCUGCUCUCCUGGACUGUAGAAGCUCAGGCUCAGAGAGAAACACCUGCUCACCUGGUAAAGCUGUUGGACUCACCUGCUCAGAACCUGUGAGGUUGGUGGGAGGAGCCAGUCGCUGUGAAGGAACCCUGGAGGUGAAACAUCAAGGAGAAUGGAGACCAGUAGAAUACUUUGGAAUGAACCUGAAGGGAGCAGAUGUUGCCUGUAGAGAUCUGGACUGUGGCUCUGCUGUUUCUAUCAGACACAGAAAGGAGUCCUCAAAGAGAUCUGUGUGGAGGAUUCAGUCUGGCUGUGUUCAGUCUGGAUCUGCUGUGAGGGAGUGUAUAACAUCAACUACCUCUUCCUCCAUUGUGGAUCUCACUUGCUCAGAUGGUCCUCCGCCAGGGAGCGGUAACAGCCGCACCGGCCACUCGUCCUCCGGCCAGCCACACGCCUCCGCCGUCGCCUCGAAGGCCUCCAGGUAUGCCUGGACAUCAUCCCCCGCUGUCAGCCGGUGUAGUGUCAGCCCGGCCAACGCCGCCAUCCCGGGCGCCGGCGGGGGGUGGACCAAUGGGUGGAUCUGCAGUGAGCCAGACGGCGCUCCCCAGGAACCAGGAAGUAGGCGGGGCUUCAGUCCACAGUGCCGCACGGCCUACGUGUGGAGGUCCACUCACCAUCUGAAGAUCAACCUCGACAAGACUGAAGUACUUCUCUUCCCCAGAAAAGACUCUCCCACCCAGGACCUCACUGUUAACUGA